GUUCUCCUCCCGCUCGCCGUUAGGGAGGCUCCGCGUCUCCAUCGCCGCCGCGUCGCUCGCCGCUCUCCCCGCCUCUCCGCCGCCGCCACCAUCACCGGGGGCACCCUAAGGGGGUCGCUGACCGGGCUGGCCCCGCGCCCCAGCCGACGACGCUUCAGCCGCCUCCCGCCCGUGGUGGCCGCCUCGGGAAGACGCGCGCUCGCCGCGGCCUCCCUGCUCGCCCACUUGCCGUCGCCGCGGGUCCUGGAGAAGCGGCCGCGGCCGGGGAGCGGGGCGUCGCGGUUCCAACGAUUAACUGCUGAAGUACUGAUCGAGUUCUGCGUUUCUUCAAUGAGGAACUACAGGCUGAUCUUCUGCCAUAAUCUCAAACAGCCAUAAAUGACAAAAAAAUGCUUGCUCAGUGAGGGUAGCAGGUGCAGAAGCCGUUUUUUAAACUUAGGUGUUUAAGUACUCAAAGAAAAGACAGCUUUGAUUUCUGGCUGCAAAAAAGAUAUGAGGAAGAGCUCCUCCCCUUCCUUGAGUAACUGCAACUCCGUUCUUGCUAACAAAAUAUUUGGAAUUCCACUUGAUGAGCUGCAGCAGGGAGGACAUCCAGACAAUGAGGUUCCGUUCAUAGUCCGCCACGUUGUGGACUAUAUUGAGGAACAUGGAGGUCUGGAGCAACAAGGACUUUUUCAAGUCAAUGGAAAUGCUGAGACAGUGGAGUGGCUUCGGCAGAGAUACGACAGUGGAGAAGAGGUGGAUUUGGUUAAGGAAGCAGAUGUUCCCUCAGCUAUUAGUCUCCUUAGGUUUUUCCUUCAAGAACUUCCUGAACCUGUUAUCCCAGGCAGUUUUCAUAUUCACUUGAUGCAGCUUUCUCAAGAUGAUAAUAACGAAGAUGAAUUUGGAAGAAAGUUGAGGUUCCUCUUGCAACAGCUUCCACCUGUUAAUUACAGUUUGUUAAAGUUUCUGUGUAGAUUUUUAGCCAAUGUAGCUUCACAUCAUGAAGAAAUUUGGUCUGCAAACUCUUUGGCUGCUGUCUUUGGUCCAGAUGUCUUCCACAUUUACACAGAUGUGGAAGAUUUGAAAGAACAAGAAAUAGUGAGCAGGAUAAUGGCUGGACUUCUGGAAAAUUACUAUGAGUUUUUUGAGAACGAAGAGGAAGAUUUUUCAUCUAAUGAUUUGAGUUCAAUUACUGAACAGCUUAAUGAAAUUUCAGAGGAAGAAGAGGAAGAUGAAAAGCUGGAACAUAUAGAAGAACUUCCGGAAGAAGGUGUGGAGAAAUCAAAAUCAAAUGACAUGCCAGAGAUGGUACAAUUGAGGAUGACUGAAAACAUCCUAGAACCAAAUAGUGUUACAGCAUCAUCAAGGGUUGAUAUUGCUGAUGAUGUUAUUAAUGCCAGUGAAAGUAACAGAGACAGUUCAGAACCUGUGUCUAGCACUGAUUUGGGCAGUGAAGUUAUGCAACAAGAUUUUGUAUUUGAGGAUGGUGAAAAUAACCAGUCCUUAGGUAUACUGUUAGCGCCAUGCAGUGACCAUGGGAAUAGUGAGGAUGGCAAUCUUGAGAGGAAAGAAUAUUUAUCAUUUGACAGUGAUAAGUUGUCUGACUUGAUGCUGGACUCUAGUAGCAAGAUCUGUGAUUUAAAUGCCAACACUGAUUCAGAAGUGCCAGAAGGUAUAAGUGUUGGUUUUCAAGGUGAAGCAACAUGUGUCCACAUUCCACUUUUAGAUCUGAAGAAUGUUUCUGAUGGUGAUGAAUGGGAAGCGUCAUGCCCUAUCACUUUUCCCCUCAUUGAUUUCAAAACAAUGCAUCUGCAGAGAGAUGGGGAGGAGCCAUUUCCUGCUUUUAAGUCUUGGCAGGAAGACUCAGAAUCUGGAGAAGCUCAGCUGUCUCCACAGGCUGGACGUAUGAAUCAUCAUCCCCUAGAAGACUGUCCUCCAGUAUUAUCACAUCGUAGUUUAGAUUUUGGGCAAAGCCAGCGUUUCCUCCAUGACCCAGAAACAAUGGAUUCCUCAUCUAAAGCCCUUACUUUUGCUCGGAUAAGAAGGUCAUCUUUUAGUUCAAAAGAUGAAAAAAGAGAAGAUAGAACACCUUAUCAGUUGGUUAAGAAACUUCAGAAAAAAAUUAGACAAUUUGAGGAACAGUUUGAAAGGGAAAGAAAAAGCAAGCCCUCCUACAGUGACAUUGCAGCUAAUCCAAAGGUAUUAAAAUGGAUGACAGAGCUUACCAAACUUCGGAAGCAAAUUAAAGAUGCAAAACACAAAAGCUCUGAUGGCGAAUUUGUACCUCAGACACGUCCACGUAGCAAUACUCUUCCAAAAAGCUUUGGCUCUUCCCUAGACCAUGAAGAUGAAGAAAAUGAAGAUGAAUCCAGGAUCAUUCAAAAGGAGAAGAAGCCAUCUAAAGAAGCAACUCUUGAACUUAUUCUGAAAAGACUGAAAGAAAAACGUGUGGAAAGGUGUCUUCCCGAAGAUAUCAAAAAAAUGACUAAAGAUCAUUUGGUGGAGGAGAAAACUUCACUCCAGAAAAGUCUCCUUUUCUAUGAAAGUCAACAUGGAAGGCCGGUGACUAGGGAAGAAAGGCACAUUGUUAAACCUCUUUAUGAUAGAUACAGACUUGUAAAACAGAUGCUGACCAGAGCUAGCAUCACCCCUGUUCUUGGGUCUCCAUCUACAAAGCGUAGGGGUCAGAUGUUACAACCAAUCAUAGAAGGAGAAACUGCACAUUUUUUUGAAGAAAUCAAGGAAGAAGAAGAAGAUGGUGUUAGUCUGCCCACUGAGUUAACUGAUAUCUUAAAAACUGCUGUACAGGCACAGUCUUCAUUUGAAAACUCAGAAUCUGAUGUUGAAGAAAAUCAAGAAAAAUUGGCUCUGGAUCUCCGAUUGUCAAGUACUCGAGCAGCUUCUAUGCCUGAAUUACUGGAACAACUUUGGAAAGCCAGAGCUGAAAAAAAGAAAUUACGUAAAACAUUAAGGGAAUUUGAAGAAGCAUUUUAUCAACAAAAUGGAAGGAAUGCACAGAAAGAGGACCGUGGUCCCGUGCUUGAAGAGUACAGGGAAUACAAGAAAAUUAAAGCCAAGCUUAGGCUUCUUGAAGUUCUAAUCAGCAAACAAGAUUCUUCAAAAUCCAUUUAAAAUGUGCUCCUUAAAAACAUCAUAAAAUCAAUCAGUUGUAUUCCCUGAAGCUAUCAUCUUGUGUACUUGGCUGGUACUUGAGUUCAUUUUGUCAGGCACUCGUUCUUAUUUUGUACUUGGUUAUAGUGCCACUAGAGAAAUAAUGGGAGGGUAAGUAGACCCUCUCUGGGGAGUGUGAUGUUCCAUAUUAACCAGACUGUCCUCUCCACCGUAGGAAACAUGCAGGUUUCUUCGUUGUUUUGUACUACAGAUACAUUCUGUUAGCAGAAGACUAGUAUUUUAUCCUUUCAACUUCAAGAACUUUGGAAAAAUAAGCUUUUUGUUCACCAACUUUUAUUUUUUGUUUUUCAUUGCUGAAGAAAUUUGAGAGGAAAAUCUUCACAUUGACUUCUUCAGUUGCCUUUUUCUUACUGAAUGACUGAAAAGUUGAAAGCAAACCUUAUGAAUGUGUGCAUAUGCAAUUGUGUGUUUUCCUAGAAAACCAAAAUCAACUGAAAUUCAAGUCCUACUGUGGAAUACCUUUCUGUUUAAUUCCCAAAGUAGAACAUUCUCACCGGUAGUAAGUUUGCAGUUCUGCAGUUCAGUGGUCUCACCUUUCCUGGAUGAAGAUACAGUGGUAGACCAAAAGUGACCUUGCUUAUUAUUAGUUGGUGAAAACACAUACCAUCACGCAUAGGACUGAAUCAUAUCACAUGCUGCCUCUGGAACUUCAGUUACUGUUUACUUCCUCAGUUACUGUUUUAUCUGCAGGUGGUGUGUGAUUUGUCUGGACCAGAUCCUGCAUUUACACACACACACAUACACACACACAACACACACCCUGUAUUUCUAUACACACCCACACCAUCUCCAGAUAAUGUGAGAACAUAGCCAUGUCAGUAUGGAGGAAUUCUGCUGGUGCUCAGAUUUUGUGUGUUCAAUUAAAUGGGCUUAAAUUGGCAAAAGAACUCUUAUGCCUGAAAUAAGUUUCUUAACAAGGGGUCUAUCACUGCAUUUUUAUUUGUAGCUUCAGAGGGUUGCAUUAUUUUCUUCUCUUUGAAUUAUCAGAUUCCAUAAAUCCAUCCUCUAAAAGGGAUCACCUUUUGCAAAGUCACAUGCUAUAAACCAGGAUACUGAGUACAAGAUGUAGUGAGUGAUAUGCCCUUGUCAUGGCUGAAGCACAUCAUUUGCAUGGCUUUUUCUACAGGCAUUCUCCUAGUAUCAUUCUGCUGCCAAGAGUGUUUUCACAGAAUGCUGAAAUUUUUGAUGCUAAACAAUGUAACGGUCAUUAACAGCAUAGUCCCUUCAGGCUGAUCUUUAAGUGUUAUCAUUUUUUUCCCCUGGUGCUCUUUUGGAUUGAUGAAUAUGUUUUACUUCGACUGUGCCCAUGUUUUGCAUGCAAUGACUCAUGCAUGAUUUUCUUAAUUAGCUAAUACAAUUGCUUUAUACAAGUGAAUCUUUGCAGCAUCCUUUAGUAAGGUGAGGGAAGCAUGAACCUCAGACCUCUGGCACUGUUAUAUAGUAAGCACAUGAAGUAGCUUAAUAAGUAGCAUUUCUAGUACUUCACAUUUCACCUAUGUGCUCAAUGCCUAUUUUGAGGGGAGGGAAUUCUUUUUGGUAGUGAACUGUGUAGUUGGGGAAUUUAUUAAAAAAAAAAAAAAAAGCACUAAAUCCAGCUGUUUUCAUGUGGUUUCCUUUUUAAAGUGGUUAAGUUAUUAAUAAUAUGUACACCUGGAAAAGUGAAAUUGAAAAUGCCAAAAGCGUAUUGUUUUGAUUUGACUCCAGCAUGCAGUGUACCUUUAAUUUCAGUCUCCAGAUUGGAGUAUAUCCAAACAAUUUAAUGUGCACUGUAUAUUGUUUUAUAUGAAUGUUUUAUUUUAUAUACCACAUGCAAAAAUAUCCAUAUGCACUAUUUAAAUGUUUUAAAUAAUAUAUUCCUUCUUUAUAAUUCUAAAUCUAUAUGAGUACCGUAUUUUUAUAAGUCAGUGGCCUGCCUGGUAUCAUUUUAGAAUUAACAACUGCUUCAUGAUGUUGGUUAUUCACUGUUAAUGUUUGGCUGCAAGUAGAGUAGAUAGAAGUGGCAUGGCAGCACUUAAUGCUAUGUGACAGUAUUUGUGUCAUAGUUGAGGUGGUAGAAUUAGGCAGUUUGUGAUAGGUUUACUUUGGUACAAAUAAAAAUGCGAUAUCUAUAUACAGUUAAUAUAUAGAUAUAUAUAUCACCACCCAUAUAAUUGCAUUGUCUUGCACUUGAUUGUAUAGACUUUUGUAAUAAAAGAACUUUAAUGUUCUAA